AUGGACCUACUCCGAACGGCUAUACAACCCAUCACUCACAACCUCCCCCCUCCCAUCCGCGACCUCGGCGUCUCCAUCAUCGGCGACCAGUGCUAUAAAGCCCUUCUCCUCGACGUCGACCUCGAAAACACAGAGUGUCUCAAGCUCGCCGUGUCCAAGGGCCUUGGCAUCGGCAUCAUCGCCGCCUCCUCCAUCGUCAAGGUGCCCCAGAUCCUCAAGCUCGUCAGCUCCAAGUCCGCAGAGGGCGUUUCCUUCCUGUCGUACCUCCUUGAGACGACCGCGUACCUCAUCACCCUCGCCUACAAUGUCCGCAACGGCUUCCCCUUCAGCACCUUUGGCGAGACGGCGCUGAUUCUGGGCCAAAACGUCAUCAUCUCCGUCCUGGUGCUGAACUAUAGCGGGAGGGCAAGCAUGGCCGCCGUCUUGGUUGCCGCCUUGGCUGGCAGUGUUGCGGCCUUGUUCGCCGAGAAUGUGCUGGAUAUGAAGGCCCUCAGUUAUUUGCAGGCCGGCGCAGGUGUCCUCGGUGUUGCAAGCAAGGUCCCCCAGAUCUUGGCCAUUUGGCACGAGGGCGGUACCGGCCAGCUCAGCGCCUUUGCUGUCUUCAACUACCUCGCUGGAUCUCUUUCGCGAAUCUUCACUACCCUCCAGGAGGUAGACGACAAGCUGAUUCUCUAUGGCUUCAUCUCUGGCUUUGCCCUGAACCUCGUUCUGGCUUUGCAAAUGAUGUACUACUGGAACGCGCCCUCGCCAAAGGCCAAGGGCAAGCGAAAGGCGGCGCCCAUUGAGGCCAAGCCAAAGGCUAGUUCAACAGGAACUCCUAAAAGGGGGCCGACUACUCGCCGUCGUGGUUAG